AUGGCCGAAGUGGAUUUCCAACCCCAGAUCGUCCUUCGAUGUCCCCAGUGUAAUAAGCCGUUCGAUAAACCCCGACCAUCCAAAAGCGUCGGCAAGGGAGCCAGUAAUAAGGAGGGUGUCGAUGCGCCAGCAACCGAACCAUCAAGGACAAUACGCUCGCCGCCUUUCGAUUCUCCGCACGACAUCGGCCACCAUACACUUCAAGAUGAGCUUGUUACGCAAAUCCCUACCGCGCUGGCGAACUCAGGAGAUGAGUGGUUUGACUGGAACAACCCAAUCUUUGACUUCGUCGACCCCACGAGCAGCUGGCAGACCAAAGGAGAUAUGGUUCAAUUCUCACCACCCUUGACGCGUACGCCAGUUCAUGAGGCGACACCUUCGGCCCUUCAGAACUUUCUCCGCCAGCAGACGUUUUUGUCUUCGUAUAUGUCGAUACCAAGACAACCGCAUGAUAUUCUUGGCUCACUCGCUCAUCGACCGACAAUGGGACCCAAAACAAAAAGAACUGCCACCCUCAUCUUGCAAACCCUGAAGUCCUAUCCUCUCAUUUUGUUGCAACAGGACUCACUACCACCAUUUAUCCACCCUCGCAUGAUGGUUUCUGCUGGCGCUGAGAGCGACAGCAUGGAGCCGCUUAACAACUGCAUCAGUUUGCUGCAUAUGACACGCGCUGGUGUCCCGGGGAACCGGAAACUGUUCUGGAGAAACGUACGGAUGGAGUGUGAACGUUUCUAUCAGGAGCUCUAG